AUGCAACCAGGGGGGGUGCAAUGGGGGGCGGCGCAACAAGGGGGGGUGCAAUGGGGGGGAUUGCAAGUAGGUGAAAGCCAGUCUGCAGCAAGAGGGGAGGGAGAUGCGCUGAGACAGGUGGGAUUAGGGGAGGUGCAAGCAGGAGUGGGGGAAUUGCGGCUUGGUGCAUCGGAGGGAAGGGAGGCACGGAGACAGGUGCAGAGACAGGUGCGACCAGGGGAAGCGCUUGGUGGGGUGGCGGUGCUGCUGGGGAGGCUUCAACUGGUGGAGGUGUCAUUCUGGGAGAAAGGAGUUAUUGACGACAUGAGGGAUGUUCUCAGCUCCCUCCCCCACGCGCCUCUCCUCCUCGACCUCUCCACCGACCGAGGAGCACUUAUUGUCGGCCACAUCUCUCGCCAUGCCGCCCGGAUUCACGCCCGUGCCGCCCAGGGCUCCCCCCUCCACCUCCAUCUCCCUCCUCGCUCUCACUCUCCCCUCCCCCGCCCUCUCCCCUCCCCCGCCCUCUCCCCUCCCCCGCCCUCUCCCCUCCCCCGCCCUCUCCCCUCCCCCGCCCUCUCCCCUCCCCCGCCCUCUCCCCUCCCCCGCCCUCUCCCCUCCCCCGCCCUCUCCCCUCCCCCGCCCUCUCCCCUCCCCCGCCCUCUCCCCUCCCCCGCCCUCUCCCCUCCCCCGCCCUCUCCCCUCCCCCGCCCUCUCCCUCCCCCCAUCCGCCCUCCUCUGGGCCCUUCGCUCUGCUGCUGGCUGUAG